AACGAAACUUCGUACCAAAGGUAACCAAAAAAAUAAAUAAAUGGCUUAGAAAAUAUUCCAUCAAGUGACAUCUGUGUCCUUUCAAUUUCCUAACUGCUACAUAAUGAGUCAUAAUUUUGUCUAAUUAUUCAUUCUCAGCUUCAGAUUCAAACCUCUACACAUUCAUUAACUGAAAGCAAUAAUCUAAACUAAACAACAAAAAAAGAAAAACGCUUUUUCCUUUUAACUUUCCAACAGUAGACAGGGUAGUUAAACAGACAGACAUAAUAAACCAGUGUCACUCAUUCAUUAUUCACAUCACAAACAAGAUACUCAUCUAUGCCAAUGAAGUAACCAAACAAACAACCUCUUUUAAGUUAACUUUGGCUUUGGUUGCUGCUGCAGCAAUUGCUUCAGUCAUGGGAUUCCUCCUUGCAUUGUUUUUAUUUUUGGCUUCUCUUCAAGUUACUUUAAGUCAAGAUAUUGAACACGGUUCGCUACUAGUAAAUGGAGCUCAACCAAAAGCUGAAACUGGUGAUAACUUUAUUUGUGCAACUAUUGAUUGGUGGCCUCAUGAUAAGUGUGACUACGACCAUUGCUCUUGGGGAUAUUCAUCUGUUGUAAAUUUGGACUUAUCUCAUCCUAUCCUUGCCAAGGCGAUCCAAGCCCUCAAGCCUUUGAGGAUAAGACUUGGAGGUUCUUUGCAAGACCAGGUGGUUUAUGACAUAGGAAGUCUGAAGUCUCCCUGUCAUCCAUUUCAAAAGGUGCCUCGUCUAGGUGGAUUGUUUGGAUUUUCAAAGGGGUGUCUACACAUGAACAGAUGGGAUGAGCUGAAUCAUUUUUUCAAUCAGACAGGGGCCAUUGUGACAUUUGGCUUGAAUGCGCUUCGUGGAAAGCAUCUGACUAGUAAUCGUGUUUGGGAAGGAGCCUGGGACCCUGAAAAUACUUAUGAUUUUAUAAAGUACACUGUUUCAAAGGGAUACAAGAUCGAUUCUUGGGAACUUGGUAAUGAGUUGAGCGGUAAAGGCGUUGGUGCAUCUGUUGGUGUUGCACAGUAUGGCAAAGACUUGAUAAACCUUAAACGAAUUCUAGAUGUGUUAUACGAGAACUCGAGGUUCAAACCCUCUCUUGUAGCACCUGGUGGAUUUUAUGAAAAGGAAUGGUACGAUAAGCUUCUUCAGGUUUCUGGUUCAGGCAUAAUCAACGUUCUGACUCAUCAUCUAUAUAAUUUGGGCCCAGGUAGUGACGUCGAACAUCUUGAAGGGAAGAUUUUAGACCCUAAUCGCUUGAGCAGGGCGGAAACAAUUUUCGGCAAUCUUUCAGAAACUAUUCAGAAACAUGGUCCUUGGACUACUGCGUGGGUAGGAGAAGCUGGUGGGGCAUUCAACAGCGGUGGUCGUGAUGUUUCUAACACAUUUCUUAAUAGCUUUUGGUACUUAGAUCAACUUGGAAUCGCAUCCACCUACAAUACUAAAGUUUAUUGUAGGCAGACUUUAAUUGGAGGAAACUAUGGCCUUCUCAAUACCUCCACUCUCACUCCUAAUCCUGAUUACUACAGUGCGCUAUUGUGGCGUCGGCUGAUGGGAAAGAAGGUUCUUGGUGUUUCGAGUGAUAUUUCUUCACCAUUUUUACGCACUUACGCCCAUUGUUCAAAAGACAGGGCUGGUGUAACACUACUGGUGAUCAACUUAAGCAAACAAACUCACUUCAUGCUCAAUGUAAAAAACCCUGUAACUGUUAAAUCAAAUGAAGUAGCCAAAAACAUCCAUAAAGAGAAAAACUCAUUCUUUGACAAUCUCAAGAAAACAUUUUCUUGGAUUGGAACAAAAGGUUCGAAAGUUACAUUCAGAGAAGAGUAUCACUUAACUCCGAAAGACGGUAACCUCAGAAGCCAAACCAUGGUACUGAAUGGAAUUCCACUCAAGUUAACAAAUGAAGGAGAUAUUCCAACAUUGGAUCCGGUGCAUAAUAAUGUAAGGUCUCCAAUAUAUAUAGUUCCUUUGUCGAUUGCAUUUAUUGUUUACCCUAACUUUGAUGCUCCGGCUUGUGCUAGACGCUGAAAACUAUAUAGUCUAAGGUUUUUAUAUAGGCAUUUGAACUAUGUAUUGAAAGCUCUUGGUAAUUGUAAGUAGUGAGCAAGUUAUAUAGCAUUUACAAUUAUUUUAAUUUUGAAGAAGCAAAAAAAUGUAUCAACUGUGAAUGUAUUUAGUGGUUUAAAUUUUAUUUGGUUUCACUUGAAGUUCCGUGCAAAAGUAUUGAUAUAUUUUGCCAUCAAUUUUCUCUA